GACUAGAGAUCUUCACUUUGUCGCCUGCCCCCGAUCCAUUCCCUUAUCCACAGAAGCCUCCUUAUCUUCUUCUUCCAGCUCUUCCUCCUCCUGGCCAUUUCCACAAGCACAUUGCCUUCCUUUCCCCUCCCGUCGUCGCUUUCUCGCCUUCUUUGUCUCGUCACUCGUGCCCACGUUGCCUCUCUUGUCAAGGAAGCAAGCUCUAAAGGCGCGACCUUUGCCGGACAGCCGUCCUCUUUAUAAAUUUCAAGGCUCGCGGCUAGUGGGGCGAUGCAGCGACAUGUCUUUCAUCCUCCCCUCUAUCCCUAAACCCAGAUUCCGGCCUCAAUUUGGUCCCGGCAUCGAUUCUUUGUCGGUUUCCGGCCCGCGCAGGCGCCGAGUUCGUUGUGGUCUAAUUGCCAAAAUCGCACCUUUAGCAGUUUCCGUUCCGGCUGGAAUUUGUUGCGGUGCGAGCGUCAAGAUCGAGUCUUUUGGACUUUUCGAGGGCUCGAGGACGAGAGUUUUUGGUAGGAGAAAGAAGAGGAAAGAGGCGGCGGAUGCAUUCGAGGCAGGUAAGAGGAGUGCGAACGUGGAAGCUGAGAUUUACGAAUUCAUGCAAAACUCAGCGAAGCCGACAGAUUUUCCUACCAAGCUGGAGCUCGUCGCGGCUGGGAGGGCAGAUUUAGUGGAGGCUGUGGUAGCUCAGGGCGGAUGGCUCGCUUUUGGCUGGGACCUCGAUGACAAUGAGGUGGAGUUUCCCAUUGACGAGGGCGUUACUGUAACUGUUCUGCCAAGCAAAAGUGAAGCUGCAGAAGAUGGUAGAGUCUACCAAGAGAGGGUUUCUAAUGGCUCCGACGACUGCCCUUCCACACCAUCUUCUUCAGGAAGAACAUUGGAGACAGCGGAGCAGGAAGAGGGUGGUGGGGUUGAGGGAAUAUUGAGCAGGCUGAAAAAAGAAAGGAACUUGUCUUUGAUAACAAGUGGGAAGGUAGUGAAUGGUCUGGAUUCAUACACAAAACCUAUAGUCGAUCGAGACGGUACAAAAUUAGUUGCUCGUAAACUUGAUAUUCAGAGUAAUGCAGGAAAUACUAGAUCCAAGUCAUCAGAAUCUCAAAUGGUCGAGGCAAAUAAUACGAAAUUCAAAGUUGUCAAUGGCACAAAAGGUGCAUUUCCUGACACGUGGAGGAAUUGGAGUCUUCAAAGAGCUGGCUUUUCUUUGACGGACUUUGAAGCUGCUGAGAUUGUCCCCAAUGACGAUGGAAGGCUCUCAGAAGAGCACUGUUUAGAUGUUGAAGCUUCUAGUAAUGAGUUUCAUAAACAAGCGCAGAACAACAUGUCUUAUAAAGGAAGAGAUGAAGUGGUAGUGGACAAAAGUAAGAUACUUGCACGUCUUCAGCGAUUGGAGGAGGAUCUUAACUCUGCUGCUCACAUAUUACAAGCUAGAGUCAAUGGUGCUACUUCCCAAAAGCACCAAGAAAACUCAUUAGAUGAGCUGCAUAGUCUUUCUGAUGUUUGGGAAUUCCAAGAAACUGAAAUUAUGAAAGCUCGAGAUAAGUUGAGGUCUAUUCGAGCAAAAUUGACUGUUAUAGAUGGAAAACUGUCACUCGAGAUCAGAGAAGCACAGAAAAUAGCCGAAGAGAAACAAAGUAGUAUUACUGCUGCUCAAAUGGCUUUGUCACUCCUUCGUACAACCUGUAUUGUCUGGCCUAAUUCUGCUUCAGAGGUUUUACUUGUGGGAUCUUUUGAUGGAUGGGCUAAUCAGAGAAGGAUGGAACGAUCAAACUCAGGCAUCUUCUCUUUGCAGCUAAAGUUGUACCCUGGAAGAUAUGAGAUCAAGUUCAUUGUUGAUGGUGUAUGGAAAAUUGAUCCAUUGCGCCCUACUGCGCACAACAAUGGUCACGAGAAUAAUCUCCUCAUGGUCGAUUGAAGUUCAUGUUCCCGGAUUAUCUCUAUCCUUACAAACAUUUACGAGAACAUAUUGGAACUUACUAUCACAAAAUCAAGAUAGUGAGUCGCAUGGACGAGUGGAAAAAAACUCUUUAUGAUGGUGUAAGCUAAAUAAUCAGAUACAUCUCGUGGCUGUGCGCGCCGAAGAAUCUAAGUGAACCUCAACAAUUGCAGCGCUGCAAAAUCAGAUGAAGGCAUUUGUUCCUAUGGAUCUUUCAACUUACACCAAUGGUUUGUGUGUUGCUACCUUCUGGUAUCACUGUGCAUGUUGACUGAAGACAUUGUUAUCGCCUUAUAUUGUGUGCAUGUCUACUCAUCCUCUUGUGUGCAUGCCUACUGAUCCUCUUACAACCACGUUACGACUGCUCUAGCAAGAUGUAAAUUUUUUAUAUGGAAUCUUGUAAAACUAAAUGAGCAACUCAAUAAGCUCAAUAAUGUAGAUUAAAAGUUGUAAUACAUCAAGCUCCAUAAGUUCAAA